AUGACGCAGACCUCCUUUUACACACCUAUCCCGAACCGCAAGGCACCGACCUUCGAAGGCACAACACUGGUCAUUCCAGCGGUGUCGAUCGGGUCGGUUGCACAAUUGGCAGUCGACUUGUUGCUACACGACGCUUCGCUCAAUUUGGUCAAAGUAGGGCGACUUGAUCCUUCGUUCUGUUUCCCUUUCGUCGGGCCGUCCGACUCGGUCGAUGCUGACGUUGACGUGACGACUGCACUCGAAGUCUUCACCAACGGAUCACUGACACUGAUCCAACAGCGUUCGCCCGUGUACAAAACCCUCGAUCGCGCCUACAUCUCCGGCCUCACACAGUGGAUCCUUGAGUCUCGCUUCAACCAAGUGCUCUGGCUUAGCUCGAUAGACGCAGCUGCUCGAACGGACGACGAGUUCUCCACACCCAUCCUCAGCCUCUUCCCCUCCUCCGCUUCCGCUGCCGCUGCCGCCGCUUCCACAACAACACCUGCUCUCGCCGCCCUCUCGCAAUCCUUCCCGCCGUUCAACCCGCCUCAACAACACAACGGUAAAGCCACAGAGACCCCACACAUCCCAGGCUCGCUCCUGACGCGCAAGCUCUUCCACCACGUCUCGACGUCGCCACUGAAAGACCGGACCGCUGCCAUCCUCUACUUCGCCGCCGAAGGCGAUACGCGCCCAGACGCACACAGCCUCGCCAACCUCGUCCUCGCCCUCCUCUCUUCGCCACAGCCAGAGGCGAAACUCCAAGACUGGUCAUACCACCCCUCCGCGCUCACGGAGCCGCAGUCGUGGUCAGCGCUGUUCGGCCGACCCCCUUCGUCCGCCCUGUACGCUUGA